AUGUCCUCUCAAAAAAUGAUGUCGUCAUUGCCCGGAAGGGCUCAAUCACCAGUGGGCUUGCCAAGAGGAGCUCAUCCAGGUGCUGUUUUACUGUCUCCACAGAGUUCUUCAGCUAAUUUGCAAAGCUUAGGCACAAAUCCUACUAGUCCUUCGCAACAACCUUUGUUCUUGAAUGAUUUAUUAGAUCAACAGCAGUUUUCUUUAGACUCACAGUUACACCUUCGUGGUGAUAUGGGAAGACCUUCAAACAUGGUUUCUCCUUUGUCAAACUCAGCAAUGAAUCCAACGGGUUCAAAUGGUUCGACCUUCCUGGACUCUUUUUCCAGACCCACUAGUUCAAUGGCUGCUAGCCACCAACCUUUGCCAUUACAGCAAUCAAAUAACAACGCAAAUGUUGUGGUUAACUUCACUAAUGAUGUUAAUCAACUAUGCAAUUGGAUAUCAAUGCUCACACCAGCUCAGCAAAAUACCGUUAUGGACAACCUUUUAUCCUCAUUGAAUGAGGAAGUAUUGCAUAACACCAAAUUGAAACUGGACUCUUUGGUUCAUAGUGGUUAUAUCUCUCCUACAUUGGGACCUAUUGCAUCUCCGGUUCCCAGUAAGGUUCAAAGUCACCUGCAUCAAGCUGAAAAUCCUCAACCUCUAAAUCUAGACAGUGUUUUAAACGGCGAUAACAUUUAUAGACAAUGGUCUCCCUUACCUCAACAUACCGCCAAUCCGUUGCAGCAACCCAUGUAUGACUACUUAAACGACAUACCACGUCCUUCUUCUGCAGAUCCAUAUACUGCGUUCAAGAAGUCCGGUCCAACAUCUGGAGUCGUCAACAGCAUUAACAUGAACAAUGCAAGUAACAGUCACAAUGGCAAUAGUAGCGGCAACAAAAAUAACAACAAUAACAACAACUCAGCUGCUACCAACAGUAAUAAUAAUACUAUCGGUAGCGCAGGUAUGGCCACUUCUAAUAGUACAAAUAGCCAUGUGAGCAGAAAAACUUCCAAUCAAAACCACUACUUGAAUAGGCCACAAUCUCCAGCCGCUGGUAAAGCAAAUGCUUACAAUAAACCAUCGUUGAACACUUCGUUAAGCAAUUCUGGUAAUGCUCUAACUACGGUGAACUCAGCAUCUUCGACAACUAGUAAUAGCAAUGGCACAAACAAUAGCAUGAAUGCGAAAGCGUUAUGCGAUCCUAAACUUCUAAAAAACAUCCCAGCCUGGUUAAAGUCCUUACGGUUGCACAAGUAUUCAGAAGCCUUGGGAGGAAAACCAUGGUAUGAACUUAUUUACCUUGAUGAUGAGGCGUUGGAAAAAAUGGGCGUUAGCGCAUUAGGGGCCAGAAGAAAAUUAUUGAAAGCUUUCAGUAUAGUCAGAGAAUACAAAGCUAACGAUAUGAUAGACCCUAGUGCAUUUUGA